CCUUUAGUCUCCUCCUCUCGUAUAGCCAUGCAGGUGAGAGUUUCCACUUGUUACUCCAGAACAGUUAGCAGGAAGUGAAGGGGGGAGGUGACAGAGACCGACACAGAACAAGAACACCAGAGACAAGGACAGCUCAUUCACUUCACCCACAGCUGACACAAACCGUGCAAAGUGCAACACAGACUGGACAAAAGGCUUUCUCCAUUUUCUGCUAAAGUGAUAAUGGCCUCCAAAACUUUUACAAAAGACACAGGCUACACUGGUGUCCUACACCUCUUCUUAUUAGGAUUAUUCCUGUCAUCAUUAUCACCAGCGUCAUGUCAGUCUACUACCCCCCAAACAACUGUCGCCGCCUCUGCCUUAAACACUGCAACCACCAUCACCCAAGCACCACCAACAUCUGGAAACAGCGCUUCCGCCACUGGAGCGACAGCAGCAGCCACCACCCCAGGAGGUACAGGAUCAAGCUCUAGCUCCAUGGCCCCUGUAACAACCACCACUCAAUCACCCAUGACCUUCGUCAGCAGCACAGCGUCCAACAGUCAGUCUGCCACCACUGGAGGUACAUUAACGUCUACUUCCACCUUCCAGUCCUCAACCCCAUCCCAUACAACCUCCACUAGCUCUGGAGGCACAGACACCACAACCGUUACCCAGCCCCCCACUACCAUUGCAACCUCUGGAGGCACAGCACCAACCCAGUCCCUUUCAACCAUUACCACCUCUGGAGGCACUGCAACCACCAGUCAGUCCCCUGCAUCCAUCACCUCCUCUGGGGUCACAAUAUCCACUGCCACACAGUCCCCUACAACCACUACCACCUCUGGAGGCACUGCAACCAUCACCACCCCGUCCUCUACAACCGCAAUCACCUCUGGAGGCACAGCAUCCACCCCCACCACCCAGUCCUCUAUCACCACUACCACCUCCGGAGGCACAGCACCCAGUCCCACCAGCCACUCAUCUACAUCCAGUACCUCCAUUGGAGGCACAACGGCCACUGCCCAGGCCCUUACAACCACAACCACCUCUGGAGGCACAGCAACCACCCCCACCAUGCACUCAUCUACAUCCAUUACCUCCACUGGAGGCACAGCAACCACCCCUACCAUGCACUCAUCUACAUCCAUUACCUCCACUGGAGGCACAACAACCACCCCCACCACCCAGUACUCUACCACCACAACCACCUCCGGAGGCACAGCAUCCACCCCCACCAUGCACUCAUCUACAUCCAUUACCUCCACUGGAGGCACAGCAACCACCCCCACCACCCACUCCUCUACCACCACAACCACCUCUGGAGGCACAACAUCCACCCCCGCUAUGCACUCAUCUACAUCCAUUACCUCCACUGGAGGCACAACGGCCACUGCCCAGGCCCUUUCAAGCACUACCACCUCUGGAGGCACAGCAACCAUCCCCACCACCCAGUCCUCUACCACCACAACCACCUCCGGAGGCACAGCAUCCAGCCCCACCAGCCACUCAUCUACAUCCAUUACCUCCACUGGAGGCACAAUGGCCACUGCCCAGGCCCUUACAAUCACAACCACCUCUGGAGGCACAGCAACCACCCCCACCACGCACUCAUCUACAUCCAUUACCUCCACUGGAGGCACAGCAACCACCCCCACCACCCACUCAUCUAUAACCAUUACCUCCACUGGAGACACAACGGUCACUCCCCAGGCCCUUUCAACCACUACCACCUCCGGAGGCACAGCAACCUCCCCUACCACCCAGUCCUCUACAUCCACUACCACCUCUGGAGGCACAGCGACAACCCCCACCACCCAGUUCUCUACCACCACAAUCACCUCCGGAGGCACAGCAACUACCCCCACCACCCAGUCAUCUACAUCUAUUUCCUCCACUGGAGACACAACUGCCACUGCCCAGACCCAAGCAACCACUACCACCUCCGGAAGCACAGCAUCCAUCCCCACCACCCAUUCCUCUAUAUCCACUACCACCUCCGGAGGCACAUCAACAACCAUCCAUUCCCCUACCACCACUGCAAACUCCGGAGGCACAGCAACCACAGUCACCCAAUCCCUCACAUCUAUUACCGCCUCUGGAGCCACAACAAUCACCACAAUGCACUCCCCUACAACCACUACUAUCUCCGGGGGCACAGCAACCACCCCAUCCCCUACAACAAUCACUACUACCUCAUGGGGGUCAGCUACCACCACCACCACACAGUCUGGCACCACUGGUUCAUCAGCCAUGACCAUGAUCGCCACCAUGACAAGAGUUUCAACAUCCUCUAUGUCUUCUGGCUCUAUGCCCACCUCCCAAGGAAGCACUUCUGGUGGCAUGACUGGAACUACCGCAGGGAAUUCUACCUCAAUGAUGCAGAUAUCUUGCCGCACAUUCACUUGUAACUACUCUGACUGCUACUCAAUGUACACCAGUCAGAAUGCUACCUCAUGUACUGGUGAUUUCAUCUACUGUGAGCUGAAAAGACAGAUGGACAUGUCCUACGCUGUUAGCUGCAGCAUCUCCUGCUCUAGUAUGUGCAUGAACAGCUCACAGACCAACUGCUCAGUGAAGUGCUGCAAUUCCACUGGCUGCCUCUCAAAAACUUUUGCAGACAUGAUGAUGACAACCACAGCAAUGACAACUACUACAACAACAACAACUACAAAGGCCCCCACAACUACCGUCACCACACCUGCACCAACCACAGCCAUGGGAAACAAAUGUCAAUCAGGUACAUGUAACGGCACCGACUGCUACAAAAACUUUGAGGAUGUCAUGACCUGCUCUAAAUCACAUUUGCACUGUCAGCUGAAAAAGGAGAUAAAAGGAAGCAAUACUCAGUGGACAGCCGGUUGCACCACCAACUGUUCUGGCGAGCCAACAUGCAAAGGCUCGACACAACCUCCCUGUUUUCAUGAGUGCUGUAACGCCACUGUGACCUCCUGCUUGUUUUUGAAUGGCACACUGAACGUCCCCUCCUUUGCCACCAGAGGUCCACAUUUUCACAGAGAAAUGGUCGCUUCCUUAUUUUUCCUCGUCGUCAUCAGUUUGCUGCUUUAAGCCAGGGCUGUGCUUGCUCAGCUGGUAUGUGAAGCCCCAGGAAAUCCAAGCUUGGUAUAACGUCUACAGGUUAACUUAAUUUCCAUGCAUUUAUCUCAGUGAUGUUCAUAUAACUCAGCUGUAUAUAAGAAAUGAUUUGUAAAAGUUCAGUUUCAUUGUUGUUUGUUUUGCAUUUUGUUUUGUUUUUUAUUAAUACUAUUAUUCCAACCAUGUUGAAUAUGUGGUUCGAGACCAAUUUAAAAAGGCUUUGAGCAGUAUUUUCUCAAAGAAAAACAAAUAUAUCAGGAAUCACACAAGCCAGAAGCAGCUCAGUUGUCACAUCACUUUACUUUUACCUGAGUAACAAAAUUUUAUGAUAAACCCAACCUACAGUUACGGAAAAAAUUAAUAGACCAUCAAAAGUUAUCAAAAACAAUGGUUAUGCUAUCAAGUAUUAACUCUUGUGUGUAUCAUGUGACUCAGACAGACAGAAAAGAAAACAUGGAAUACCUAAA